GUUAUUCUGACUUCUUUAUUUGUAUUUUAUCUAGUGACCAAAAAAUGUUAGCAAAAAGCUAACAUUUUACGUACAACGUUGCUGUACGUAAUGACGCAACGGGAGCACGUCGUGCCAGGCGUGCUGCGUCAUAUCUUCCAACACAUCCGCCGCUCGGUGGCCGGCUUCCAGCCAGGCAGCCAGCCGCCUCAGGCCCCGCUCCUCCCUGAACCGUUAUCCGCUAAUCACCAUCACCUCCCCCGGUGGAAGCAGACGCGGCUCCGCCUCGGCCAUGACUGGAAGGAGCCGCUGACACCUUCCCAUCCUCCGCCGGAGAACCGGGACUUUUUGUUUUUAGCUCGGUGUAAAUGAGGCGGAGCCUGAGGCGCGGCGGCGGUGGUGAUGGUGUUGGAAUCAGGUGAAGUCUUCAUGGAUCAGGUCGAGGCUGAAAGGGUCAGGGACCGGUCCGACGUCCCUCCAGAUCCGCCCAGAACCGCCAAAGCCAGACGGAGCAAUGCGGCCAAAAAGGAGGCGGCGCCGUCCCAGAACGGGGUCGCGACCCCGAGGACCAGGGUGCCGCUCCGCCGGCCCCUCAGCAUGGAGGUGACUCCGCCGCCGCGUCCCGGGGUGCUGCAGCCGCCGUGGCGCGGCGGUGCGGCCUCCCCGUCGCCCCGGGCGCGCAGCCUCACCAGCCCCAGCCUGUCGAUGGGCGGCUGGAUGCGCCGCAGCGAGAGCUCCUGCUCCGUCAACUACGCCGCGGGGCUGCGGGCCGGCGGACGCUUGCGUCCCGCCACCUCCCUGCCUCACAUCGCCAAAGGGGCGGUGGGCUCGGCGGCCCCCCCGCCGGCCCGACCCUGCCUGCUGGUUGCCCUGCGACCUUUGAACCUGGAGCAGGAGAAGCAGACGUUCUUCCAGUCUGACUAUAAGUACGAGCCGCAGUUCGAGUACGCGCAGCCCGAACCGCGGAGCGUCCUCGACAAGUACCGGGAGGGGUCGGGCCUCUUCCUGGAGCAGGCCGUUGGGAUCAUGGAGUGCGUCCUGAGGAAGUUCGGCUCCUACGAGAACUUCGAGGAGGCGACGGGCGGCGGCGUCCUGCCGAAGAGUCAGGUCUGGGCGGCGGUCCGCAAAUACCUGCAGAAGGAGGGCUGCGUGGGGGAGGUGGUGGUGCGUCUCUCUGAUGAGCUGCUGUCGCAGGCCGUCAUGGUGGUGGAGAGCUGCCGUCCCACUCUGACCAUCAACCUGGCCGGCGCUCGCCAGCACUGGCUGGAGGGGAUGCUGCGGCACGAGAUCGGAACCCACUACCUGCGCGGCGCCAACAACGCGCUGCAGCCCUGGGCGUCUGCCGAGGCGCGGCGGCAGCUGGGCCUGAAGCCGGCCAACCCGACGGAGGAGGGCCUGGCCAGCCUGCACAGCGUUCUGCUGAGGAAGCAGCCGCACCUGUGGCGCGCGGCGCUGCUCUACUACACCGUGUUCCACGCCGCCAGCAUGAGCUUCAGCCGCCUCUUCGCCCACAUCGCCCGCUUCGUCCACGACCCGGACGUCCGCUGGGAGUACUGCCUGCGGGCCAAGAGGGGCCAGACCGACACCGCGCAGCCCGGUUGCUUCAGCAAAGAUCAGGUUUACCUGGACGGGAUCCUGCGGAUUCUUCGCCAUCGAAGGAACAUCGACUUUAAGAUGCUGACGUCUCUAGGAAAGGUGUCUUUCGAGGACGUGGAGCGUCUGCGUCCUCUGGCGGCACUGAACCGGACCAGAAUCCCUCACUUCAUGCGUGACCAGGAGCGUUACCUGCAGCACCUGGACCACAUCGUGGCCGUCAACGAGCUGGACGACGCAACGCUGCAGCAGCUGCUGCCCUGAGUCCCACGAAAGGUCGCAUCGUAACAGCGCUCUACGGGGAAAAAACAUCGUAACGGCGCUCUACGGGGAAAAACAUCGCAUCGUAACAGCGCUCUACGGGGAAAAAACAUCGUAACGGCGCUCUACGGGGAAAAACAUCGCAUCGUAACGGCGCUCUACGGGGAAAAACAUCGCAUCGUAACAGCGCUCUACGGGGAAAAAACAUCGUAACGGCGCUCUACGGGGAAAAACAUCGCAUCGUAACGGCGCUCUACGGGGAAAAAACAUCGUAACGGCGCUCUACGGGGAAAAACAUCGCAUCGUAACGGCGCUCUACGGGGAAAAAACAUCGUAACGGCGCUCUACGGGGAAAAACAUCGUAACGGCGCUCUACGGGGAAAAACAUCGUAACGGCGCUCUACGGGGAAAAACAUCAUAACGGCGCUCUACGGGGAAAAAACAUCGUAACGGCGCUCUACGGGGAAAAAACAUCGUAACGGCGCUCUACGGGGAAAAAACAUCGUAACGGCGCUCUACGGGGAAAAAACGUGGCAUUGUAACAAAACUUUACAGGGAGUCGUAAUGACUCUUUGUAUGGAAAACCUGCCCGGUGAUUUUAUUGAUUCCCACCAAAACUUGACAAUAAAACACACGUCGCAUCGUAACGCCACUUUACGUGGAAAAACCCGUCCAGCGUUUUUAUAAAACUUGAACAAUCCAAACGGGACGACGCCUCCUUCGUUUUCACUCGGAUGCAUGAUUGUGCUGCGUUUCCCACGCGGAUCGGCGCAUUUUAACCGCGCUCCCUUUAUCAAGUUACCUCACUAUUAUCACUACGUAGUCACCAUUAUAUAUGUAGACUCACAUAAUCAUAGACGGCUUUAUUUAUGCACUUGUUUACGUUUUUGUUGCGUUGCAAAAAGAACAAACUGAAUGUCACUGGUGUUAGCUUUACGUUUUGUUUGUGAAACGACGGUUUUAUGCCUUAGAUUGUUUGCGUUUUUAAAAAGAACACCAAGGACACAACAUUUAAAAACCGGAGGGGUUCGCAGUGACUGAGGCCAUGAAUCUUUAAAAUACCAAGUGCCACUGGACUCAGCCGAGCGUUUCGCCCCCAGGGUUUUAAUUAUCAGUGUUAUAAUGAAGCUAAUCAGCGGCGUUGUCUUAACUGUGUCCUUGGUGGGCUUUCUUAGUUCGCUACUGUGAGUUCUCCAGCUGCAACAACCAAACUUUACUUUGUUUGGUUCAAUAUUUGGGGUCUUUGGUGGACGUCUUCCAAAGAUAACAGGUUUUUGGUGACCACUGCCCCUGAAAAUCAUGAUUUUUAAAUCAAAAAUAUAAUUAAUUCAAACUUUAAUCUAUGUUUUUGAAGGGAAAUAACCAUGUCAAGCAAAUAAUGAGCUUAAUGAUAUCUAGGAAUACUAAUCGAUCGCAGAGAUAAGAGAUUUAUGAAUAACAAAAUGACCACCUAAUAAGAAAGCAGAAGAUGAGAAUUAUUUAUAGAAGUCAAUAAUAAUGGCAUAAUGGAGAUCUAACAAAUCGGCACCCUACAGAGAAAUUUAAAUAUGACAAAAAAAAAUUUUUUUAGAUAACAUUUUAUUAGAUUCCUGGUAAAUGUAACAAUUUCUGGUCAAAUUGACACCAACUCUCCAAAUUAUCCGAAAAAUAAUAAAAAGAAGGUCAUUAAUAAGUUGUGGAGAAGUUGGAUAAAACAUAGCAGCAGUGAAGGGAAGCAGCCAAAAGUCGCACUUUUCUGCACAUAAUCAUGGUUUAACUGUGAGUCACGCCUCUUUGUAGCUUCUUCAAGCUAAUGCUAACCAUCUGGUGGACGGAUAGGAAGGUAAAGUAUUGACACGCAAAGUUUGAAGGGGAACAUUUGGAGAGAGAAUUUAUUUAUCAGAACUGUGGUUGUCAGAUCUUUUGUAUUUUUAUAUUUUGAAUUUUUUAGCUGAGAAACUUUAUGCUCACAAACAACACCUGCAGUGAAACCAUAAACCUCCCAAAUGUUGAACCAGUCCUGAUUUUUUAAAUAGAUGAAAUGCCAAAGUGGCAUCUAUUGUUAUCGGUUGUUUAGUGAAGCAGCUGAACCCAGCUGUCCUGGUUCUGAACCAGAUGUCUCGGUUCUGAUCCAGUUGUCGUGGUUCUGAUCCAGAUGUUUUGGUUCUGAUCCAGAUGUUUUGGUUCUGAGGAGGCCGGGUCUCGCGGUGCCUUUGAUGGGUGUAGCGCUCAUCUGCUGUAGCUAAUUACUGUGUUCGUUGGCUGCUUUUUACUUUGACACUACAGACGUCGGUCAGGGCAUUCGGUUCGGGUCGGAGCAGAACCGGUUUUUAUCUGGAUGCUUUUUAAAUGCGUGGGUUUGAUUUUUUCGGAAGCGGUUGGACUUUUCUCUGCUGUGUUUACAGCUCACGUCGCCUCAGCAGGAACGUUUCGAAUCCGAGCGGGCCGUCCCGUUCAGAACUUCGACCCGGAUUCUCCCAAAACGAAUGCACCAACUUGUAACGCACGAAUGUUGCACAAGUGUUUUCUGUUCUGGAAAUACAUGUUGAAGUUCCAGUGUUAUUUAUUAAACACGCACUUAUUGAA